AUGGGUGCCUAUGUGCAAGAUGCGGUGCGUGCACAAGGCUGGUGCGCUCCAAUCGAACUCAUUGUGGAAAAUAGUGCCCCAGAACUCUCGAAGCCGCCUCUUACGGGCCACGACAUCUCUGACGUAGUAUCCAUCAUGGCCGACUUGUUCAGCGCAAUUCCACCACCUUCGGAAGAUGUUGAGGAGCACAAAAAGUUUUCAAGUGGAUCAGCUUCCGAUCGAUGUUUCGACGACAUCAUACCAAUGGGGGAGUGUGAAGUUAGAGACGCACUUAUGACGGAAGCGAAACGUCAUCGCUACUGGAAGUCAUCCGCAUUCAAGAAAAUGCAGUUUGAGCGUCUGGAAAUGAUCAGUUGCUUGCAUUACGUGCUGGAAUCGUUCACAGAAGCACGUUCCACUUCGGAAGCGACAGAAGCGGUCACACCAGGUCAACUACUCGAUCAAGCCACCGGAUCUAUUCGGAACCCAUGGGAUUACGACGUUCAACCAACCAAAAUGUUCAUGGAUCAGGUACGUGUACUUGAAAUGCCUGGCAGCAGUACAAUUAAUCCCUGUUCGGCGUGCAAUUCUGAAGGAACCUACCACUGUUUUCAUUGUCGCGGAUACGGUACCGACAAGUGCAAUUUUUGCAGAGGCACUGGGAUGAAGUCUGGCGUCGCUCAUCCCGCUGUCUAUACCCAUCCGAUGGUCGCCACCUUCCCUCACGCUGAUAUUACGCGAGGAUAUGCUUCUUCAUCGACGGCUAUGAUGCGACAAGGAAGUAAUCAAGUGUAUGGGAUAGGCACUCCAAUGCACUUCAUGUCAAAAACCGGUGUUCCUCCACCAGGAAUAGGAACUCAUGAUUUAUGCUAUAUGUGUCACGGUCGAGGUGUGAAAGAAUGUCAUCAUUGCAAAGGUGGUGGCAAAAAACCGUGCACUGCUUGCUGUGGAACCGGCAGUGUUCGAAAUUUUAUGAAACUCAAAGUAUACUUUAAAACAGAACAUUCGGAGUUUUUCACCGAAUGUGAAGUGCCAGAAAAACUGCUUACACAUGCAAGCGGCAAGGAAAUCUUCAGUGAACAGCAACCAUAUGUGCUCCCUAUAACAAAAUAUCAUGUGCAGGAGAUUAAUGAGAAGAGCAAAAUGUUCUGCGCACAACACCUGCAGAACAGCAUGGGCAUGUGUCGCGUCAUACAGCAACGACACUGCUUAGUAGCGAUACCUGUCUGCAAGGUGUUCUAUACUCUCGGUAAUACAAAAGGGAUUUUCUACGUCUACGGAAAUGAUCGUCAAUGUUAUGUACCAAAUUUCCCGUCGAAAUGUGUUAUUUUAUGA